AUGUCGCGCAACAUCGCCCGUUUUACGAUUUUAGGCGUAAUCGCCGUACUUGUCCUCGCUGCCACCACCGGCUGCCUCUUCGGAGGCGGGGAAGAACCCGAACCCACGGCUACUCCCGACCUCGCGGCCACCAUCGCCGCCGCCGUUGCGGCCGCGGUUCCCACCGCAACCCCCAUACCUCCCACUGAUACCCCGGAGCCUCCUACUCCCGAACCCACACCCGAUCUGCAGGCGACUGUGAUGGCUAUGAUCGCGACGGCGGAAGCCGCACGUCCCAUGGCCACUCCUGUACCCGCGCCAACCCCCGUACCCACCAACCCUCCGGAGCCCACCAGUACGCCGGCGCCUACCGCUGUUCCCGCGGCCACUCCUGUCAACAACCCGGCCAGUCAAAUACCGUGCAUCAUCGUUGGCGUCGUCACCGACGGUGGGCAACCGGUCAAUAAUGCCCCGGUUCUGGCCAUUAGCAAAGAUGGUAACAACCGGAUCGUCGCGGAUGACAGGUCCGACCGGGACGGCAGGUACCAGCUUUCAAUCACCGAGUACGAUCAGAUUUUCGACAUCUUUAUCGGCGGCGACGACACCGGAGUUGACACCCCGAGUACCUAUACCGGUUGCCGCGAAAUCCGUGCCCUUAGAGUGAAUUAA